UCACCAAGACGCCCCAGAGCCAGACGGGAGCGCCGGGAGGGAAGGCGGAGUUUGUGGUGGAGGUGGACAAGCCCAACGUGAAGGUGAAAUGGCAGAAAGGUGGGAAGGACCUUGUCGCCGGCCCCAAGUACACUAUCAAGGCAGAGGGCAAGAAGCACACGCUGGUCAUUAAUGACCUGAACAAGCAGGACGACUCGGUGUACAUGGCAGUGGUGGGUGCUGCCAAGGAGAAGUUUGAGCUCCAAGUGAAGGAACCCGAGAAGACAGAGGCUAAAGCAGCCCCUGCUGCAGUGGAGCAAUCUGCUGAACUCCCUGAAGACGAUACGGCCCCUGACCAGUCCCACCAACAGCUUACCGGCCUCUUCAUUGUAAAACCUGAAACAAAAAAUGUGUAUGCUGGUGAAGCCAUCACUUUCUUGGCCAAGGUUGACGCGUCCAAACUUGAGAAGAAGCCGGCCAUCAAGUGGUUUAAGGGCAAGUGGUUGGACCUGAAGAGCAAAGCUGGAACGGUCUACCAGUUCAGGGAGGAAUUUGACAGCAAGUCAAAGGUGUACACCUAUGAGAUGAAGAUAGCUAAAGCUGACAAGAUCGCUGCAGGUGCUUACAGGUGUGAGGUGACCUCAAAAGACCAGUUCGAUAGUGCAGCCUUUGAGCUGAACGUUGAAGUUGCAGAGACUGCCGGUAAUCUCCUGACAGCAUUCAAGCGGACAGGGGAGGCCAGAGAGGACGCAGGUGAGCUGGACUUCAGUGGACUUCUAAAGAAAAGAGAGGUCAAAGUUGAGGCACCUCCAGCAGAAGAAGUGGAUGUUUGGGAAAUCCUGAAAAAUGCCAAGCCCUGUGACUAUGAGAAAAUCGCCUUCCAGUACGGUAUCACUGACCUCCGGGGCAUGUUGAAGAGGCUGAAGAAGAAGAAGAAGGUGGAGAAGAAGAGUGACUCUUUUGCUAAAAGGCUGGAGAGUGCUUACCAGGUGGACAAAGGUGGCAAGAUCCGAAUGAUGGUGGAAAUGGCAGGACCCAACAUGGAGGCGAAGUGGUUGAAGAAUGGGAAGGAAAUUAGGCCAAGUGGCAGGUACAUCUUUGAGGUUAUCGGGCUGAAGAGGGUUCUGACCAUCAAGAACUGCACCUUGGCUGACGACGCAGAGUAUGAGUGUAUCAUCGGAGAGGACAAAUGUACUGCUGACCUCUUCGUAAGGGAACCUCCUGUUGUCAUCACUGUGCCCCUGGAUGACCAGCACGUAUUUGUUGAUGACCGGGUUGAGUUUGACUGUGAGGUCUCGGAGGAGGGAGCGGUGGUUGUCUGGUCAAAGGAUGGAACCGAUCUGACUCGGGAUGAUGCCCUGAGAUUCCGCAUCAAAAAGGAUGGGAAGAAGCAUUUCUUGAUCAUCAACGAGGCCACCAAAAACGAUUCCGGACGCUACAAGAUCAAGACCAACGGGGGUGAAUCGGAAGCUGACCUGAUUGUGGAAGACAAGGUUCUGGAGGUGCUGCAGAGUUUUGCUGAUCUCACACUGAAGGCCCAGGAACAGGCAAUCUUCAAGUGUGAGGUGUCUGAUGAGAAGGUCACAGGCAAGUGGCUGAAGAAUGGGAUGGAGAUAAUUCCCAGUAAACGCAUCCAUAUCACUCAUGUAGGCAGGAUUCAUAAACUGGUCAUUGAUAAUGUCACUCCGGACGAUGAAGCCGAUUACACCUUUAUUCCAAAUGGCUACGCUCUCUCUAUUUCUGCCAAGCUUAACUUCUUGGAGGUUAAGAUUGACUACGUCCCUCGACAAGAACCUCCCAAGAUCCACCUUGACUGCACCGGCAGCGUGGUUUCCCAGAACACCAUUGUUGUGGUGGCAGGUAACAAGCUGAGGCUGGAUGUUGAUGUCAGUGGUGAACCUCCUCCGGUGGUUUCCUGGUUCAAGGCUGACCAGGAAUUCACGCAAACUGAGGGCCGUUGUCGUAUUGAGACUAAGGAGACCCACAGCAGCUUUGUCCUGGAGGGAGCUAUGAGAGAGGACGAGGCAAAGUACAACAUUUUGGUCAAGAACCCAGCAGGCGAAGAUAAAGCUGUCAUCUUCAUCAAAGUUGUUGAUGUCCCCGAUCCUCCUGAAAACGUCAAGAUCACUGGCAUUGGAGAUGACUGGUGCACGGCAGCAUGGGACGUUCCGAAGUUUGACGGUGGCCAGCCCAUUACAGGUUACUUACUGGAAAGGAAAAAGAAAACCAGCACAAGAUGGAUGAAGCUGAACUUUGAGCCCUUACAAGAGAGGAGCUUCACAGCCACCCGGAUGAUAGAGGGUUGUCUUUAUGAGAUGCGAGUGUUUGCUGUCAAUGGGAUCGGUACCUCCCCGCCAAGCGUUUCCUCAAGGCCAUUCAUGCCCCUUGGCACCACCAGUGAGCCAACACACUUGACGGUUGAUGAUGUGACUGACACCACCACCACCCUGAGGUGGAGAACACCGGAGAAGGUCGGCCCUGGUGGAUUGGACGGAUACCUGAUUGAAUAUGCAAAGGAAGGCUCUGAUGUGUGGAUUGCCGCCAACACUGAACUGGUGGAGCGUCUGGGGUUCACAGUCAAGAACCUUCCUACAGGGGAGAAGAUUAACUUCCGUGUGCGAGCUGUGAAUAUUGCCGGCAAGAGCCCACCUGCUGUGCUUAGUCAGCCGGUCACCAUCCGUGAGAUUGUCCAACACCCGAAGAUCUGGCUGCCACGAAAACUGAGGCAUACGUACAUUAAGAGAGUUGGUCAGCAAAUAAAUAUUAUGAUCCCAUUCCAGGGGAAGCCGCGACCUCUGGUCACAUGGUUGAAGGAUGGGAAGCCCCUGGAUACCAGCCAGGCCAGUAUCCGCAACAGCGAAGUGGACACGAUUCUCUUCAUCCGACGCGCAGAGCGCAGCCACUCCGGGACGUACGAGCUCAGCGUUCAAAUUGAAAACCUGAUCGACAAGGUGACCAUCAAAAUUCGGGUUGUUGAGAAGCCCGGACCUCCGGAGUCCCUGAAGAUCACAGAUGUCUGGGGAUUCAAUGCUGCCAUAGAGUGGAAACCACCAAAGGAUGAUGGCAACACUGAAAUCAUUGGCUACACCAUUCAGAAAGCCGACAAGAGAACCAUGGAAUGGUUCACAGUGUACGAGCACAACCGUAAAACAAGUUGCACUAUCUCUGAUCUCAUCAUGGGCAACGAGUACUACUUCCGUGUCUUCAGUGAGAACAUCUGUGGCCUGAGUGAUAGCCCCAGGGUAUCCAAGGACACAGCCUUCAUCCAGAAAGAAAGCAAGAACUAUGUGCGACCCCUGUACAAGGAGCAUGAUUUUAGCCAUGCACCAAAGUUUACCCAGCCUCUGUUGAAUCGAUCUGUUAUAGCAGGUUACACCACAAAGCUGAGCUGUUCUGUUCGAGGCUUUCCUAAACCAAAGAUUAUCUGGAUGAAGAACAAGAUGGAAAUCGGAGAUGACCCAAAAUUCCUGAUGAAACACAACCAGGGUGUCCUGACUCUGCAGAUCCGCAAACCCAGCACUUUUGAUGGCGGAAAUUAUACUUGCAAGGCUAUCAACGACCUGGGUGAAGAUGAGGUGGAAUGCAAGCUGGAAGUGAGAGUUCCUCAGUAAGGCGCUUUCGAUGCAAUGCAGCAGCUUGGCGGCUUCAGUUCAGUUUCUGAAUGCAUGGCAACGGUCUUCUUGUGGCAGCAAAGGAUUAUGGGAGCGAUGACAACCUUUCCCCUGAGAUGGACGCGGCAACUCUCACCUGUGUAACGAUGAAAGCACAAUGCUGUUUCAUGUCACCCAUAUAUAUUUUUAGGGAAAAUAAAAUAAUUACCCAAUGAC